AUGCACUCACCUCCUAGAGAACAGCCUGCCAUCAUGCUCUGGAAACUGGUUGAAAAUGUCAAGUAUGAAGAUAUCUAUGAGAUGUUAGUCCACACCUAUUCCGCCAUGGACCGGCAUGAUGGAGUGCCCAGCCACAGUUCCAGGCUGUCCCAGCUGGGAUCCGUCUCGCAGGGACCCUACUCCAGCGCUCCUCCGCUCUCUCACACCCCAUCCUCGGAUUUCCAGCCGCCUUAUUUCCCACCCCCCUACCAGCCUCUUCCUUACCACCAAAGCCAGGACCCUUACUCCCAUGUCAAUGACCCCUACUCCCUGAACCCCUUGCAUCAGCCCCAGCAGCACCCCUGGGGACAGAGGCAGAGGCAAGAGGUGGGAUCAGAGACCGGGUCACUGCUGCCACAGCCUCGGGCCGCCCUGCCCCAGCUCUCGGGACUGGACCCCAGGCGGGACUACCACUCAGUUCGGAGGCCAGAUGUCCUCCUGCACUCAGCUCACCAUGGCCUUGACUCCGGCAUGGGGGACAGCCUUUCUCUGCACGGCAUCGGACACCCAGGCAUGGAGGAGGUGCAGUCAGUUGAAGAUGCCAAUAACAGCGGUAUGAACUUAUUGGACCAGUCUGUCAUUAAAAAAGUUCCGGUUCCUCCAAAAUCUGUUACUUCUUUGAUGAUGAAUAAAGAUGGCUUCCUGGGUGGCAUCUCAGUCAACACCGGAGAGGUGUUUUGCUCUGUACCUGGCCGCUUGUCUUUGCUUAGCUCAACUUCAAAGUACAAAGUAACGGUGGGAGAAGUUCAAAGGCGCCUUUCCCCUCCAGAGUGUCUGAACGCAUCCCUCCUAGGAGGAGUACUUAGAAGAGCCAAAUCGAAAAACGGGGGGAGAUCUUUGCGAGAAAGGCUAGAAAAAAUCGGUUUGAAUUUACCAGCCGGCAGGCGUAAGGCCGCAAAUGUCACUUUACUCACCUCCCUGGUGGAAGGUGAGGCCGUUCAUUUAGCUCGGGAUUUUGGGUACAUCUGUGAAACGGAGUUCCCAGCCAAAGCUGUUUCUGAGUACCUGAACAGACAGCACACAGACCCCAGCGACCUCCACUCCAGGAAAAACAUGCUGCUUGCUACAAAGCAACUUUGUAAAGAAUUCACAGAUCUCUUGGCGCAGGACAGAACGCCCAUUGGGAACAGCCGGCCCACCCCCAUUUUGGAACCGGGCAUUCAGAGCUGCUUGACUCACUUCAGCCUCAUCACCCACGGCUUUGGGGCCCCCGCGAUCUGCGCCGCCCUCACGGCCCUCCAAAACUACCUGACUGAAGCUCUCAAAGGCAUGGACAAGAUGUUCUUGAACAACAACACUGCUAACAGGCACACAUCUGGCGAAGGACCAGGUAGUAAAACUGGAGACAAGGAAGAGAAACACAGAAAAUGA